GUUCAUACCGCUGACGACUAUUGGACCAUUUCAUUCAGAGAACCCACACCAAUUAUCAGCUGGAAUCCCAUCUACAGCCUGUAAUGACGUCAUCAGUGACUGGUGGCUGGCCAUUGGCUCUUGUCAUUCUGCUUCUGGUGGCCAUGGAUUCUACAGCCACUGGGCGCACGGGGAUGAUACAUGUCGAGGAAUGGGAUGAAUUUUUCCUGGAAAAAAUCCCACCAGAAAUACCAAAAGUGUUGGUGAAAGGGAAAAUUUUGGACCAGAAUCGCUACAAGCCCAUAAGGCAGACUUAUAAAAACGAAGCAAGGUUCAUGACACUCUAUGACGAACGGAAUAAAAUCCCAGUGUUUUCUGCAUAUAAAUACACAGGACACAUAGAAGGGAGAUCCAAUACCAAUUGGAAGCCUGAGCCACAGCUUGAUGCCAAACAACAGGCUACAAUAAAGGACUGGCCUAAGGGUAUUUCACAUGAUAAGGGCCAUUUAUAUCCAUGUUUUCAUGCAGACAGCAAAGAUGAUCAGAAAUCCACAUUCAUGCUGACCAAUUGUGUUCCACAAGUUGCAUCAUUCAAUAGGGGAAGAUGGUGCCAAAUGGAGAAUUAUGUCAAAGUUUUGAUGGAUAAAUACUGUUCAAACCAAAACAAUCACCUUGAGGCAUUUGUUAUUGUUGGAGCAGUUCCCAGUGAUAAAUAUAUGGGAACUGUCAAUAUUCCAAAAACUCUCUGGGCGGCAUUUUGCUGCUAUAGCAAAGAGCGGGGUAGGUGGCUGGCCAGCGCACACUAUGGUGCCAAUGAGGAAGUACCUAAAGAUGACAGGAAAAAGAUGAAGCCCAUAACUUUAGCAGAACUGAAAACUGAUCUUAAUAUUAGGCCGUUUCCAAAUGAGAAUUGCCUUGCACACUCAGUUAUGCCGGAUGAUCCUAUACCUGAAGAGGGAGAAAAUUGUGAUUUCCCUAACAACAGAAAGAAGCAACGCAUCCGCUUCCCUGACAGCGGAUAACCCUAACCCUAAAAAAAUAUAUACAUACAUAAAAACCUAACCCACACCCUAACCCGAACAAUAAGCCUUCACUUUUCAUUCGUAUUUUCAAUAUUGCUUUUAACAUCAGUCAAUCCAAAUAGCUGGAUCAUAGAAUAUAGAUAGUACUUAAUAGUCCAAGAUGAGAACUUUGAGAUCUACUAUGUGCUAGCAAAGUCUUUCCUGCUACCUGAACCUCAACAUGCUAAUUCUGGUGCUAAAAUAAUCUGUGUAUCAACACCCUGUAUGGAUGCCUGCUUUAAAGACAUAUUUACUGGGUGUUAUAAUGGAUAGUACAUCUUUAUAUUUGAUGACAGUACUAAAAAGUC